UGCCCAACACUAGUCACAGGUGAAAGCUAAGCAACAACAAUAUUCCUUUAGUUUAAACCGAUUGAUUAGCUAAUGAACAGCUAAGGUGAAAGUUCAGAGAAGUAGGCAAUCAUUCCAUUCGAUUAGUUAAACAGCCAAGAUGUCGGCCAAAGCGAACAAACCCGCCACCAGCAGUGCAAAGAGUAAGGAUGUGGGUGCACUUACCAAGAUGUACUUGUUCGCCUACAAUGCAAUCCAGGUCGGCGGCUGGAGCUACAUACUGUAUCAGCUGGUGAACUACUAUGUGCUGCAGGGUCCAGAGUUUCGUGCGCAGAUUACACUUUGGGAUUACACGCGCCUGGCGGUGAUUAUAUUCCAAAACGCCGCCUUUGUGGAGAUACUGAAUGCAGUGUUUGGUUUGGUCAAAUCCAAUCCGGUGGUAACAACAUUCCAAGUGUUUAGCCGCAUGAUGGUUGUGGUGGGCGUAGUGAUGGCUACACCCACAGGCAAAGUGUCGCCCGGCUUGCCGAUUGCGCUGUUUGCCUGGGCUGUGACUGAGAUCAUACGCUACGGCUUCUAUGCGCUGAACAUUAUCAAGGUGGUGCCGCAGUUUGUGGUGUUCCUUAGGUACACCACAUUCAUAGCGCUGUAUCCCAUUGGCGUAACCGGCGAGCUGUUGUGCUUCUGGUGGGCACAGCGCUAUGCUCGGGAGCACAGCGUCUGGAGCGUUGAGAUGCCCAACAAAUGGAAUGCCACAUUCUCCUACUAUGCGCUGCUCUGGAUUGUCAUGCUGGGCUAUAUUCCCAUUUUCCCACAGCUGUAUCUGCACAUGUUUACGCUGCGUCGCAAGAUCUUGGGUGGUGGCAGCAAGAAGAAGACCAACUGAACUUUGCACCCACGCCACGUUGAAGCUUGGACUUGCAUACGUUUCUGCUUUGCAAUCGCUGCGCCCUCUUCUUGACCUUUAGGCUUAAGCUUAAACAUUUACAUACUAUUUAGUCGGGUUUUGUGUACAAAGAAAAAAAAUAAACAAUCGCGAACAGUAAAUGAA